CUCACACACACAGAGGGAGUUGGGCAACACGUGGGUCUCAGAAGUGCCUUUGUCCAAAUGCGCUCCAUUUUUAAAGAGGCCAUUUUAACUCACUUCCAGACACGCACAGCACAAACGGGUAAGUUUCAUAGGAAAAAAAAAAAAACCACACGGUUUUGAAACCCAGAGAAGAAGGCAAUUCUUUUUUUUUUUUUUCGGGAGAAUCUUUAGCCGGAAAAAGAAAAGACUUUGAAAUGGCCGAAACUGAGGACUGGCUUCCGCCGGGUUGGACCGUGGAGGUUAAAAUUAGAAAUAACGGUAGAAAAGACAAGUAUUACCAUGCUCCUUUGGAUGGACCAAAGUUCAAUUCCAAGGCAGAGGUAUCACGCUAUCUCAGCUCCAAACAGAUCAUUGAUGGUAAAGGCACUUUCAAGCGAUUUAAGAGAAAUGUUGUGGUGGAAAAGGUUAUACCUAAAGGGUUACCACCAGGGUGGAUCAAAGAGAUUCGAAUGACAAAAAAGGCUGGAAAGAUCAGGAGGGACCCGUACUAUAUUGAUCCAAUAAAUGGAAAAAUAUUCCGUUCUAUGAAGGACGUAUAUCGCUAUCUUGAAACUGAGGAGCUAGGAAGUCUUGGAAAGAAGUUAAAGGGCAGCAGCGAUGAGGAUUUGGAAUAUGAUGAAACCUCUUCACCUGUUGUAAGCAAGGGACAAAAAUUAGCAGUCGGCAAAACAAGGAGACAGAUUGAUUUUAGUCAGAGCUCAAACUCGAAUGAGAUGUUGAAGGAUGAGCAAAUACCUAAUUCUACAUUUACUGGACAAUGCCAGUUUCCCCUUGAGCAUACUUCUGAUCAGGGUAGGAUGAGCAAUGAAUUAAGAAACUCAGACAUUCAAGAAGCUAAAGUUUCAGAGCAAGAAUUGCAAAGCAAUUCUCCCAAAAGUACAUCAGCUUCGUUUCCUGCAGGAGAUGUUCUUCAAGGUGAGCAAUCUCCAGAAUGUGUGUUGGCAAAGCAUGAAAGAGGAAGGACCAGACUAGGCCUGUCAAAAUCCAAAGCCAAGAAAGAGACCAACUUGCCACGACGUGCUUCAAAACGUCUUGCUGGACUUGAAGUUGAUCCAAUUCCAGAACUAAAGCCAAAAACGCGAGCACGCCGAUCUGCAGUGAAACAAUCGGGUGAUGAUGGAGUAAAUCAAUCAGGUUCAAGUUCUACCCCUGGUUCAGAUUGUGCAUUUGAACAGCCUGAUCAGCUUGAGGUUGAGCCAGAAACAUAUUGCAUAGUCGACACUUCCGAAAGCACAGAAUUGCCAUUGCAGUCAAACAAAAGGAGGCGUCUUCCUGUUGACUUGGUUACUCCAGAAAAGCAAGUAAGCGAAGCAGAAACAGGGAUUAAUUGUGAUGACAGAGCCAAUGAGAAACUGGAACUUCCUAUCGAAUUGCCUCUUGGGGAGUUAUUGACUGACCCAUGCAUCGCAUUUGCAAUAAAAACUCUCACAGGAGUAGCCUUUGACACUUACAAAAGCUCAGAAGUGGCAUCUGCAGGGUCAAACAGUAGGGAUCAUUCUUCAGGAAACUUGGUUACCCCGAUAGAGCUUGCUGGAAAUGUAGAAACAGGAAAAGAGGCUGAGAGGGAACUAGGACCCUCCGUUGUUUUGCCUAUGGGAGUCCUUUCUUUUCCAGAAAGGCAGGCGGGGAAAAUCGACACUGACAAAAAUGCUGAUGAAAAGUCAGGAUACCCUAUUGAGUUCCCUUCGAGCUGUUCAUGGCUGGAUCCUUGUAUCGAAUUUGCGAUAAAGACUCUGACUGCCGAUGCAGUUCCAGAUAUACAGAAUUACUUCCAGCAGCAACUAAGCUCAUCAAAUUCCCAAGAACAUAGUAGUGACUUGAGCAUGAAGAAUGUUGGUUUACACAACUUCAGCCAAACCAACGUUUUGCACCCACAGUUUUAUGAUGUGGAAAAGCCUGUGCUUGAGCAGCAAGUUCUGGUGGAGCAUACAUUACCGCAAAGCAGAAACAUCAGCAUACCGAGUUCCCGUGCUUCUUCUCAAAACCAUCAUGGACGAGGGAGACAUUGAGGCCAAGGAAAGAUGGCAAUCCACUAGCAUCGAGGAUAGAUUUUUGUAUAGUUUAGUAUUAGUAGGACAACAAGCUCCUUUUUUUUUUUUUUCUCUUUGUUUUUUUGUUGGGUUCGGUUCUUGGGUCAUUUUGUGGUUUUGCCAUUAGGAUAAUCUCUUUUUGUGAGAAAAUGAUUGUCCUCUACAAGUUUUAUGGUUAGCUUGGCACCGCAACCUCCCACUUUUUCCUAGCAAAUCUGUUUGCUCUUAGUUUCAAGGUUUUUUCAAUUGGCGGUGCAAAACCCAAAUUUCAAGUGCUCUGCACUGCUAUCUAAUUCGUUUCUUUUUGUUGGGUACGUAUGGUAUUCUUUGUUAGACUUGGACCCUUCCAACUAAUGUAUUUUAAAGACUUUCUAAACAGACUUAUUUUGAUUCGUUA